AUGAGUUUGCAUCGCUGUGUAGCAAUGCAGUUUCUCAAAUCAAACCCCACUCUUUUGAAUUCUGUGACCGAACACAUUCCCAUCAUUGAUUACUUAAACACCAACAUCAAACUCUCCAAAGCGCAAUCCGUCUACAUCUCAAAACGACUUUCUCAGGCUAGGUGCCCUCAGCAUCCAUGGACUGUGCUUAAUUAUUUGAAACAGACUGGACUUUCUGAAUCGCAGAUUCUGUCUAUGAUUGGUUGUCAACCCCAAAUAUUAUUCUCCAGUAUCAGUGAAACCCUGAAGCCGAAAAUCGAGUACUUUCAGCUUCUAGGGUUCCAGGGUUCUGAGUUGAGUAAGCUUCUAUCAAAAAAUGCAAAGCUUUUGGUGUGUAGCUUGAAUAAAACGUUGGUGCCCUCUGUGGAGGCUUUCAGGAGAAUCAUUAACGAAGAGAAAGAUUUGAUUAAGUUGCUGCACAGAAAUGGGAAUUGGAUGAUCCCGAACCACCAAAAGGUUUUGCGUAAUGCUGCUUUCUUACAGAGUUGUGGGAUCGUUGGGUCUCAGCUUUCCUUUUUACUUGCAACUGAAGGUCGCCUUUUUGUUCAACAAGAAUCUCUGCUUCAAAACCAUGUUUCACGGGCUGUCAACAUGGGUUUCUCCAUAAACUCAAGAAUGUUUGUGUAUGCGCUUCGGGUAAUUUCUAGUUUGAGCAUUGUUAAGCUUGACAGAAAGUUGGAGUUAAUUCAGAGUUGCGGGUUUUCCAAAGAUGAGACCAUGCGAAUCUUUAGAAGAUCUCCCCCAUUGCUUCAUCAAUCUGAGAAGAGGCUGAAAUUUGGAAUUGGUGUGUGCUUGGAUAAAAUUAUGGUGCCUAGGUCACUACUGGUUAAUAACCCUGUGAUUUUGAUGUUAAGCAUGGAGAAAAGGGUGAUUCCUCGAUGGAGGGUACUCCAACUGUUAAUCUCAAAAAAAUUAAUACCUGAUAAGAUUCCGAAUUUUCUUGCAGUGCUUAAGUUACGGGAGGAUAAAUUCAUGGAGAAGUACAUUUCGGAGUUUAGAGAUAAUGAAAAGGCUUUAUUGGAGGCAUACAAGGGUCACUGUCACGAAGAUGCUUCUACAUAA